AUGGGUGCGAGUAACAUGAAGAUCCUGGCAGAGGACCAGGAAAGCGUGAAACCUGCCGAGAGCCAUCAGCUAGUGCAGCGAUUCUCCAUUCUUUCAACUCUGGCAUUGGGGUUUAUAAGUCCUUGGAAUCCUCAAUUUUGGAGCGAUGAAUCUGACUUUGAGAUCUCAGCGGCUGGAUUGGCCGAGUUGGCUUCUGCUUUCCCCUCGAGUGGUGGACAAUAUCACUUUGCAUACAUGGUAGCAAGCCCUCAGUAUCGCUCACUUGUUGCCUUUGUAAUCGGCUGGUUGAGCAUUGCCGCGUGGUGCUUGACUAGCGCAUCAACGGCCAUUGUGUGUGGUAAGACUUCAAACAGAAAGCAGCAACGUACUGAGAUCCUUGCUAACUUCCUCUGCCAUACUCUAGCUCAAAUGGCCGGUAGCCUUGCUAGCAUUUAUCAUCCACAAUAUGCCGCUGAGGCCUGGCACACCUACCUUAUAUAUCUUCUGAUCAUGAUUUUGGCAACGGCCAUUGUCUGUUUCAGUCCGAAUGCGAUCCCCCGGGGUGAAGUUGUCCUACUUUGGUGCAGUGUUGCCGGCUUCGUGGCAAGCUUGGUUGUAGUCUUGGCCACACAGCGACACCCACAAUCCGCCCAAGCCGUGUUUACCGAAUACAAGAAUGAAUCUGGCUGGAAUGAUGGGACUUCGUUCAUUGUCGGACUGGGAACGUGCAUGUACGCCUAUCUUGCCAUCGAUGGCGCAACUCAUAUUGCCGAAGAAGUCCCCUGUCCAUCACGUAGUGUGCCAAAGGCGAUGGGAAUGACCAUGCUGAUUGGCAUGUUGACCGUCAUUCCCUGGACGGUCGCAUUUCUGUUCACCCUGACAGAUGUUGACAAAGUCAUCAGCUCAGCCAUCCCGAUCCAUACGGUGUAUAGUCAGGCCACCAACAGCGAAACUGCCGCCACAAUUCUCACGGUGUGGAUUCUCUUCAUUUAUUCUGGGGCCCUGGUAUCGUGUAUCGUCACUACAGGACGGCUUACAUAUGCGUUUAGCCGCGAUGGCGGCCUCCCUUUUUCAUCUUUCUUCAGUCGAGUGGAUUCGAGGAACCAAGUGCCUAUCAAUGCCACCUUGGCAUGCUUUGGAUUUGUCAGUAUAUAUGGCUUGAUCUAUAUCGGAUCUACCACCGCAUUUAACAGCUUCAUCUCAAUGUCCAUUAUGUCACUGAACAUUACCUACGUGGUGCCUCAAGCGAUUGCGGUCUACCGUGGACGUGAUAGAGUACUUCCCGAGCGCCCAUUCCGCCUCGGACGUUGCGUUGGAACUUUUUGCAAUUGGUUCAGCACUCUAUGGGUAGCAUUUAUCUCGUUGAUGUUUUGCUUCCCAGCCACAAACCCAACUACAGUCGGGAGCAUGAAUUAUGUGAGCGUGGUACUUGUGGGUAUCUCGGUCGUUAUUCUGGCUCUCUGGUAUGGUGGGAAAAGGAAAAUCUUCGUUGGCCCUACCUCAGAGGCCGUUUGA